AUGUCUUGCCCAGAUUGCUUCAAGGUUCCCGUCCACGAUCAUGCCGAAGCAAUAGGUCAAUUCGAGACUCUCUACGGUUGGAAGACGUACGUUACUGGCGACGCCAAUGCUAAAUCAGCCAUUCUAUACCUUCCAGAUGCUUUCGGCUUGAAACUCGUCAACAACAAACUCCUCGCCGGCCGCUACGCAGCUGUGGCACCGGGUGCAAAUUUCUUCACCAGACUCUGGUGCUCCUUCCAAACUGGUCCAGUCAUCAUUUCCUUCUCCACCUUCGGUGCCGCCCCCAAAGCAUACCCCGAAGUCUUGAUGUACGCCCGUGCCAUGCACGCAGACCUAGCACCAGGCGAAAAACUGGGUGUUGCUGGAUUCUGCUGGGGAGGGUAUGGAAGUACCAACUCGUGCACGGAGAAGGCCACCGAAGGCGGUAGCGAACCGUUGAUCGAUGCUCAGUUCAACGGCCAUCCCAGCCAGCUCAAGACACCUGAUAUGAUAGUUGACGCGAUUGCGGCCAAAGUGCCUUAG